CUGCCGCUGUUGGCGGUUCUCCGAUUCGAGCAGGGGUGAGCAGGAAUGAUCCCGGUGUUGUGUAACUCGGGGGCCGCUUGCAUUGUGAAAGGGCCGGGCCCGAGCUCUGCUGGACGGCUGGAGCAGGGGUGCAGUGUUAGACCUGCAGUGAGAGAUUUAUUGGAAGAAAAACCACAACUGAAGACGAGGGAACAGCAACAAGUGAACCAGCCCUAGGACUGAGAGCAUCAACUGGAGAGAACCCUUCUGACUCGGAGAUUCCAGUGAUUCAGUCCGGAGAAAGUUUGCUGUGCGGACCAACCAUUCAUCUGGGCAGGAAACGUUUGCAUGGCUUCAAAACUGUGGCACUUCACAUUGACAAUAGAUAAAAGAAAAUCCCAGCUGCAGGUCAACAAAGGGUAUUUGUGUGAGAGUGUUCAGUUACUUUGCGGACAGGCACUCUUGCAGCUCAGUGGGAACAGAGAAUAACACCAAUGGAGAGAGUCAAACUGAGCCAGGUCACAGAUUGGUGACGGCAGAAAUGCCCCAUUCUUAUAGACACAGGAAGAUCAUCAGAGAGUUUGAUGGUCAUUCCAGAUACCUGCACUGUGCCCAGCUGGAAGAUGACUUCUCUCUCCAACUUGGGUUGAACCUCACUGUAACAGUGUGAUGCCAGAUCACACCUUGACACCUCAAGUAAUCUCGUCUGACAUAUUGUCCUUCACCCAUUGAUGUACUAUAAAUCUUUUUCAGGUUAAAAACAACAAGGAAAUUAUCUACGGGGAAGUCGAACACAACACGCUGUUUUGUUGUCUAUGUCCAGAUAUUUAAGAAGUGGAACAAGGGAUUCACUCGAUCAUCAUUCCUACUCAGGCUGUGGGGAGUGAUUCACUCGAUCAUUAUUCCUAUUCGGACUGGGGGAGAGAUUCAUCGAUCAUCUGACCGACUGACAUGCUGUCAAUUUACACGGGGGGAAUCCAUUUAUCUGCUCAGUCAUCCACCCUAAUGGCUCACCAGCGAGUUCACACUGGGGUGCGGCCAUUCACCUGCUCAGACUGUGGGAAGGGAUUUGCUUCGUCAUCCCAUCUGAAGAUACAUCAGCGAGUUCACACUGGAGAGAGGCCGUUCACCUGCUCAGACUGUGGGAAGGGAUUCAUUUCGUCAUCCCAUCUGAAGAUACAUCAGCGAGUUCACACUGGGGUGCGGCCGUUCACCUGCUCAGACUGUGGGAAGGGAUUCUCCGAAUUACCUCAACUUAAGAUACAUCAGCGAGUUCACACUGGAGAGAGGCCGUUCACCUGCUCAGACUGUGGGAAAGGAUUCACUCUGACAUCUCAACUGAAGGCACACCAGGGAGUUCACACCGGAGAGUGGGCAAUCACCUGCUCGGACUGUGGGAAGGGAUUCACUUGCUCAUCCCAUCUGAAGGUACAUCAGCGAGUUCACACUGGAGAGAAGCCGUUCACCUGCUCAGACUGUGGGAAAGGAUUCGGUCAGUCAUCUCAACUGAAGGCACAUCAGCGAGUUCACACUGGUGAGAGGCCAUUCACCUGCUCAGACUGUGGGAAGGGAUUCACUUCAUCAUCCCAUCUGAAGAUACAUCAGCGAGUUCACACUGGUGAGGGGCCGUUCACCUGCUCAGACUGUGGGAAAGGAUUCACUCAGUCAUCCAUCCUAAAGGCACACCAGCGACUUCACACUGGGUAGAGACCGAUCUGCUCAGACUUUGGGAAAAGAUUCUCUCAGCCAAAUCAACCAGUGCGCAUCACUGAGUUCACACUGGGGAGAGGCCAUUCACCGGCUGUGAAUGUUGGAAGCGAUUCACUCAGUCAUCUAAUCUUAUGUAGCUCUCAGUUCUGCUGGCAGCUUAACAGAGGGGGUUAUAGCCUGCCCACCCCAGUCUGGCCAAACUGAAUAAUCUCGUUUGGGUGGAUACUGAGUGAUGUGUCCCCUUUCUGUGAACUGUCUCUUUAAAAUGCAAAGAGAACCGAGACUGACCUUGGACACGCUGUUGGAUUUCUGCAGAAGUGCUGGGUUGCUAUGGUGACCAGCUAAUGUUUAUGUUCUGUGUGGUUAAGCAAGGUCAGAAUGAUCCUUUACCGACACAGAACAAGCAAGCGACUUCUUACAGAGAAAGGGGGCGGAGCUACGUGAUGGACAGAUGGUGUUCAGCACAACGGUGUUUAAACACACGUAACUGCUUUUCUCGCAGGACACGCAGACGCUCAAAGGCUAGUGAUGAAAGUUUCUGCUAGUUGGACUUUCUUGUACCCACAAGGGUGGGAUUUGAGGAUCGAUAAAGAAGAAUCGAUCUGUGGCUGUUAGUGUGUGUAUGAGCGACCCUGUGGGAUCUACCGGUGAGUCUAACCCUUGCCUGGGUUGGGAGACCUUCUCUUGAAGAAGGUGCUCUUGAGUUGGUCACGUCUGGCUAACUUGGAAGAUUUGAUGGGCAUUGGAAAAGGUCGACAACACCUGUUUACUUGGAUUACAUCUCCCUCACCCUCGCCCUCUCCUUCCCUCCCUCCCUCCCCCUCC